AUGGCGUCGGAGCCGACGGCCAAAACGGACACUGACUGGAAAGCGAAGCCGAUGCAGGUUUAUUGGUAUGAUUCGCCCGGAUGCAGCGGCAAAUUCACACAAAUGAUUGAACCAGAAACUCCGACAACAGCCACUCCGCGGCACCCAUACUCUCCAUUGAGCCCAGAUUCUGCAAGGGACGCGAAGCGACCGGUGCUGGCCACGCCAAAUGCUACACCUCGGUUUUCUGUUAAACCCCGCGCCCCACGCCGUUCCUUGCGCGCGGCUAGCAUGCAGAAUCAGGAACCGAGUCAACAAGCCCCGCCGCAGAAGGUUCCACCAAGCCCUGGAAUGCUAUUUUUUUCGCCGAAAAGUCAAGAUAUUUGGAAGGAGCAGUUCGGCGAGAAGGCAAACGACCCGUGCAAAGAGAAUCAACCUGCGAAAAAGAAAGCAAAACCUGAACCAGGAGACCCGGAUUACGAUUCUUUUGACGAUGAA